AUGGAUGGAAAGGAGGCUACUACAGCCGCCACGGCGCCGAAGCCAGAACUACGCUUUGUCGAGUUCGAGGGUCCAGAUGAUCCCUUGCACCCCUGGAACUGGCCCAUAGGCAACCGACGCCUGGUAUCGGUCAUCGUGGCUCUCUCAACCAUGACUGUUGCCAUGGCAAGCAGCAUAUUCACGUCAGCCAUCCCCUCGAUCAUGGAAAUGCACGGAAUAAGUCGCGAAGUAGGCACUCUCGGCGUGUCCCUGUACGUGCUCGGAUUUGCAACGGGCCCCAUCGUCUGGGCCUCAUUCAGUGAAAUCAAAGGACGCUAUCUACCAUUCACCACCUCACUCUUUGGCUUUUCGGUCUUUUGCUUUGCAACCGCUCGCUCUGGUCCUGACCUUGCAUCCAUCUUUAUAUGUCGGUAUUUCGGUGGUGUUUUUGGCGCCGGCCCUUUGACUCUCGCCGGUGCCAUUUUCUCGGAUAUGUACACGCCUAGAGAACGCACGGGCAUGAUGACCUUGUUCUCAUUGACCGUCUUUCUGGGCCCAUUACUCUCCCAGCCUAUUGGCGGAUUUAUCGUGAAGAAUAAGUCCCUAGGCUGGGAAUGGACCGAAUACCUGCCGGGCAUCCUCGGCAGCGCCCAGUUCGCAUUGCUGGUCUUCCUGCAGAAAGAAUCCUACCCGCCCGUCAUCCUGGCUCGCAAGGCAGAUAAACUACGUCGUGAAACCGGGGACUGGUCGAUUAUCGCAAAGCAAGACACCAUCGCCCUCGACCCGCGUGCGAUCAUCCAAAACUACAUCCUGCAACCCAUGCGAAUGCUUGUCCUGGACCCCAUCAUUCUGUGCAUGAGCACAUUCGGCGCCUUCGUCUAUGGCUUGCUCUAUCUGUUUCUCACUGCCUAUCCGGAUGUUUUCCAGGUAGUGCACCAUAUGAGCCUCGGUGUUUCGGGGCUGCCUUACUUGGGCCUUGUCGUUGGACAGCUGUUGAAUGCUGUCGUCUCGAUGCUCAUUCAAAAGUACUGGCUGGUUCCGCGCAUGAUAAAGAACCGCGGCAUUCUUGAGCCUGAAUGGGUACUCCCCAUCGCUGUUCCGGGCUCUGCCGCUUUCUCUGGCGGUCUGUUCUGGUUUGGAUGGUCUGGUUACAAGGCCAGCAUCCAUUGGAUGGUGCCAACGGCCUCUGGCAUAUUAUCUGGUUUCGGCUUGUUGGCUAUGUUUCUGCCGUCGAUUUCUUAUAUUGUCCUAGCACGACCGGAGAGAGCCGCCUCCGGUGUUGCAGCGCAUACAUUCCUCCGUUCUCUCUUUGGUGCCGGUUUCCCCCUUUUCGCUACUUACAUGUAUGAAAACCUAGGCAUCCAAUGGGCAAGCACUCUGCUCGGCUGCUUAGCCGCUGCGAUGCUCCCCAUACCCCUGCUGCUGUACAUCUACGGCGCAAAGAUUCGACAGAAAGUGCAGAUUGAGUAUUGA